UCGCCCCACACAAUCACAUGGCGUUUUAAGAAAUGCUCCAAAGAUGGCGGUAGCGGCGGCCGGAGGGGGAGGCGGCGUCGGCGGGCGGCUGCUCCGGAGCGGCGCGCUGGAAGUUUUGGUGCGCGACCGGUGGCACCGAGUGCUGGUCAACUUGAGCGACGAGGCGCUGGUGCUGAGCAGCGAGGAGGGGCCCGCUUACAACGGCCUCGGGGCAGCCGGCGGCAACGCCAAUGGGACCUUUUGCGCCCGAGGGGCAGCCGCGACGGUGCCCCUCGGGGGCGCCGCCGCUGGCAACCUUGCCGGCCCCGGGUCUCCCGAAUCCCCGCCCGGGGGCAGCGGCGGCAGCCCUCAACCGGGGCUGGGCGGCGGAGUGCGCACGGCUUUCACCGACCUGCCCGAGCAAGUCCCCGAAGCCAUCUCCAACAAGAAGCGGUGCGUCAAGGUGCUGAAGCAAGAGAUGGGCGGCUUGGGCAUCAGCAUCAAGGGGGGCAAGGAGAACAAGAUGCCCAUCCUCAUCAGCAAGAUCUUCAAGGGGCUGGCGGCCGACCAGACCCAGGCGCUCUACGUCGGGGAUGCCAUCCUGGCCGUCAACGGGACAGACCUGCGGGACGCCACCCACGAUGAAGCCGUGCAGGCGCUCAAGAGGGCGGGCAAGGAAGUCCUGCUGGAAGUAAAAUACAUGCGAGAAGCCACCCCUUACGUGAAGAAGGGUUCUCCGGUUUCAGAAAUCGGGUGGGAGACUCCCCCACCAGAAUCCCCCCGGUUGGGAAAUGCGUCCAGCGAUCCCCUCUCGCAGCUUUCACUCUCCAUCCACAGAGACAAGAAAACGAUCCCGCUCAAAAUGUGUUAUGUUACACGGAACAUGGCUGCCUCUGAUCUGGAAAACAGGCUUGUUGAAAUUCAUUCCCCGGAUGCCAAGCACACUCUUGUCUUAAGGAGUAAAGAUUCUGCCACCGCCCAAGCCUGGUUCAACGCUAUCCACUCCUGUGUCAGUGACCUCAUUCCUAAGGUCAUCUCAGAGGUCAGAGAUCAGCUGGGUAAAACAGGGAUUGCGGGAGGCCGAGAGAUCAGGCAUCUUGGUUGGCUCGCAGAAAAGGUGCUGGGGGAGAACGAGAAGCACUGGAAACCUGUCCUGGUCGUCCUGACUGAGAAGGAUCUUUUGAUGUAUGAGAACAUGCCACGAAUCAAGGAGGCCUGGUUCAGCCCUCUGCAUUCCUAUCCUCUGCUGGCCACCAGGUUAGUGCAUUCAGGUCCGGGGAAGAGCUCUCCGCAGCCUGGGAUAGAUGUCUCCUUCGCCACUCGCACUGGAACGCGGCAAGGGAUCGAGAACCAUCUCUUUAGGACGGAGACCAGCAGGGACCUUUCCUUGUGGACCCGCAGCAUAGUUCAGGGCUGCCACAAUGCAGCGGAGCUUACAGCAGAAAUCACAACCGCUUGUACCUACAAGAACCAAGAGUGCCGUUUGACCAUCCAUUAUGACCAUGGAUUCUCUCUUGCAACUGAACCCCAAGACGGUGCCUUUUCCAAAACAAUUGUACAGUUUCCUUACGAGAAGCUAAAAAUGUCCUCAGACGAUGGGAUUCGGAUGCUUUAUCUAGACUUCGGAGGAAAGGAAGGCGAAAUUCAACUGGAUCUUCACUCUUGUCCAAAGCCAAUUGUGUUCAUCAUCCAUUCCUUCCUUUCAGCCAAGAUUACAAGACUUGGGCUGGUAGCGUAAACUCUGUCCACAGAGGGUGUUUUUGCACAGAAAAACAGGAACAAAGAGCUGCCAGGCUAAUCUGAAUUGCAAGAGACGGUCCAGCCACAGGCAUAGCUGCAAGCGACAUCCGUAACUGUUUCGUGCAGGGACUCUGGCCGUGUGGGGACUGUGAGCCCCUGUGCUUGGAUCAGUCACAAUAACAAAAAUGCAGAAGGAAUAAGGACAAUCAAGGAAACCAGAGAGAGCAAGAACAUUCGCUUCAGCUAACACUGAUUUGCAAAAGGGGGGGGUUGCAAUGUGAGGGACACAACAUAGGUCACUAUAAAUAAUGGCAGAGUAUUGAAGGAGUAAUUGCAUAAGACUACAUAGAAGUAUUUCAGCCGCAAGUAAGCCUUGGGUGCAUUCUAAAAUGCAGUCUUUAUAGUGAGUGAAGGAAACAGCUCAGAUAUUCUUAUUCAGAUAGUCACAUAUCUGGCUGGCAGCCUGUACGAACAAAUGGUGUGUCAUAAAACACACCUGAGACUCCUCUGCAACAUGUAGAGCUUCUGUGGCACAUAAAGGGAUGAACCCAGAGUUCUUUUGAGAGUAGGAAGGUUUGAAAACCACUACAGUGAGCACGGGCUAAGAGAUAAUGUACUAGGCGUUUGCUUGCAUUGGAUCUGACCAGUGAAAUUGUAAGACACUCAGCUUUUCCGCUGAGUCACCUUGCAGUUUUGAUAAAAUUCCAGAAGAGAACAAAUUUCUCCUACUGAUAUACCAGGUGUAAAUAGUUAGCUGUCUAGGCGAGAAUGGCUUUAAAAGCCCAAGGUGUUCAUGUUCCCCGCAGUGAUCCAUUAAUGCCCUGGUAUCACUGCAUAAUUUGGGGUUGGAUGGGGACAGCCAGAGCCUGCUGCAACAGCAAGGUAAGUAUCCCCAAGCCAGACACCCACCAAUGGUAUACUCAAAGAAUGUGGGACAGGGUGACUCAAGUGUCCUUACUUAGGACAAAAGGUUAUGCAAGCCCCUCCCUAACAAUUGGCUUCAGAAGCUGCUGUGUUCAUCCUGCUGGUAAUUUUUAUUUUAAACCCUGCUUUUAAAAAAAAAUGGCUUUGGCUUUAUACAGCAAAUAAUUUCUGUAAUAAAUUCUGAGCAGCAUGAUGCAGUGCUAACCUUUUUAGUAGAACUACAUGGAAAGCAGUAAGAAGAAAAAUCUAUAAAGCCCUUCUUGGCAUUUGAUUUGCAUUGACGGGCCAUGUUCUGAACCAAACAUAGGCUGAAGGGCCAGUUAAACUACCCCUGUUGGCUGGCUGCCACAUGAGAGACCUUCCUCCCCAGCACGGAUAGCUGCUGAAACAAGGGCAAAGCUCGCCCUUACUGGGUGUCCUGACCUACACACAGGUUUGGGCAGUUAAGGUGGAUAGCUUGGACAGGACCUCUGUUUCGGUUUACACGCUUUGGUGGAGGUGGGAUCUCAGUGGUUGAGGUUCACAGAGCAGGUGAAAAGGGCCAGGGGCCAGAUUUAGCUAGCAUUAUCUUUCCCUAUCAUUAAGUGUCAUUUUAAGAUGGUGUACAGUAUGGAAGCAAUACUGCUUGGAAGACUUUGAAUGCGCCAACGCUUACCUGUUUUAAAAAAAGCAGGCAGGUAGACUGUCAGCAGAAAAUAAGAUUGGAGGGCUGGAGCUAGUGGUUUUUGCAGUAUUACAAAUAUUCACGUCCAGAUCUUCUGGAACACAAUCACCUUUGAUAUGCUCGGACUGGCAGGCACAAAAGGAACUCUCUUGUUUCAUUUUAAUUGUACUCCUUGGAAGACAUAAAUCUGUUUAAUUUUUUUUUCACCAGAGAAAGAUGUGAUUUUUGUGCAUAUGCUAAUCCUUCAAAGAUUUUUCUUCCCUUAAAGAAAACACCUCUCUGUAAACGUUAAUAAUAAUAAUAAUUUUUUUAUUUAUACCCCGCCCUCCCCGCCGAAGCAGGCUCAGUUUUAGUGCUAGCUGCUAAAAUCCUGUGGGGACAGAGGAAUAUUUACAAGUACAACAUUGCUGAUCUCUAAACCAUGGCCAAAAGAAUGUUCCGCAGCAUCACACAGACUGUGGCCCGAGAGGUAAUGCAAGCCAGGGUCUCCCAACUAAGACUUGAGAUCAGAAUUUGAAGCUGGUUAAGUGACCCUGUGUUAAAAGCAAACUUGUUAAGCAGUAGUCAUGGUUAGCACGGGUACUGAUGUAAAUCCCCAAAAGGAGAGGAGAAUUUAGUGCUAUAGGAGGGAACAUACUUAAAGGACUAGAAGCAUUACUUAUCCCAGUCCUAAACUGGGCUGGUAUAUAAAAUUGCUCUCUUACAUAGAAGAUCUAAAGCAAGAGUGCUUGUAGCAAUUUUUAGUAAUCUUGAGAAGGUUUAAGAAAACUGCUAUCCUAAUCCAGAGCCCUAAAGCAGUUUGGAGUGCACAAAACAUCUGUGUGUACACAGGUCUCCAGAUCUCUUCCCUCCAUUAACAUGGGUCAUCUUUGAAAGGGAGCACAGCCAUUAGAGGGAGGAUUAGAGCGUCUGUGCCUGACAGCUAGAUACAUAUUUCCAAUUAAAUCACCUUUUAAAAAGUGAAGAAACACAAAGAAUUACCAACCUAAGAGAUAACAGCCUUGCAUGAAUUAAGAAUUCUUUCCUAAAUCUUCAUUAACCAUCAAUGAAAGGGUUUUUUUAAAAAAACACCUUUGAAUGACAGAAAUUACAAAUAAUUUAGUAUACUGUGUAUUGUAGAGAAAGUUGAUACAUAUGUAAAUUGUACCACUUCUUUAAAUACCUUUUUUUUAAAAAAAAAAUCACUGGAAUGUUAUAGAUAAGAAUAUAUCUGCCUUGUAAAUAAUCAGAAUUUAUCUGUUAAUUACCAACAGUUAAAUUACACAGUAUGUCAUGUAAUUUACGGUGCUCAGAUUAUAAUAUGAAGAAUAAGUGAAUAACUAGUUUGUAAAGAGGAAUUAUUAUAUAUUUAUAGACAAAUUAAAUGCAGAUUUUGGACCGACUCUUAUUUGGUUGGGUAUGAUAGAAUGGAAAAAUAUGGAGCUACUCCAGAUUUAUAAGAGUUUAGUUUAAAAAUAUUUAUAUUUUAGAGGGAAAUACUAUAUUUAAUAAAAUAUCAUUUAUUGGAA